AUGUCAAAGCACAGUGUUCCCGAGCUCGAUCUUUACACAGACUACCAACGCUUCCUGUCAAAGGAUUUUGACCCAAAGGAAUACGCGGAUUCGACUAUCAACGACACUACUGAUGAAGACAACAACAUAAGCAAUGCGCUGGUGAAACUCUCUUCCAGCAUAGACAAGCUCAACAAAUACUUGCACGAACAGGUAGUUGUGAACUUUGAGACUCUUCUCUCUCACGCGUUGGGAAUAAAAGAGCUAGAGACGAAAUUGUCUUCUGUUCACGAUGGCAUUGAAGCGCUAAACGAGUCAACGAAUGAACUACGAUCAAAGAUAUAUACACCGUACAUGCAACUUAGAAACUACACAAUUCAAUUGGAAAGACUUCAGUCUGCUCUCAGCUAUCUCCGUAGUAUCAUGAGGUUUUUGCAAUUGAUAAAAAGCCUGGCUGAUUGUCUGAACGGUGGAGAGAUAGACAGCGAUUCUCCUUCGUAUGCUAUAGCCAUAUCAGCUAUUGGUGAAUUGGAAUCGCUCGUACAAGAAGUAGAUUUUGAAGGCAUUGAAAUUGUCGAAAAGCAUUUAAUUUAUAUCGCUGAAGCCAGGGAGGCGCUUCUCAGGGCAUCCCAACAGUAG